AUGGGGAGGACCCUGCUGCUCCUGCUGAGCUUGUGGCCGAGCCUCGCCGCGGCCCAGGAGUUCAACCCCCGCGCGGUGGUGCGGAGGGACUACAACAUGGCCAAGGUUGCGGGGGUCUGGCACUCGAUCGCCAUGGCCUCGGACGACCUGGGGCGGAUCGAGGAGGAUGGGGACCUGAGAGUCUUCAUCCGGAACAUCGAACACUUGAAGAGCGGCAGCCUGAAAUUCAAUUUCCGCUUCAAGGUGCAGGGGCGGUGCGAGCCCGUGGACGUGGUCUGCCAGAAGACGGACAAGGACGGGGAAUACUCCAUUGCCUACAAGGGGGAGAACAAGGUCACCGUCCCCGAGACUGACUACCGGCUGUAUGUCACCUUCCGCCUGCGGAACCUCAGGAAUGGGACGGAGACCCAAGUGCUGGCGCUGUACGAAAUCUGCAAAAAAUAUGGACUUAGUUCACAAAACAUCAUCGACAUGACCAAGCAAGACCAGUGCUUCUCCAAGUAG